GAGAGAGAGAGAGAAAGACAGACAGACAGAUAGACAGAGAGAGAGGGAGACAGACAGAGAGAGAGGGAACGAGAGAAGAGCAAGGACUACUCGAGAGAGAAAGAGAGAGAUAAAGAGCGACUCCGCCGAAGCCCAUGUUUUCGCGAGUAGUGCGGCCGCAGAAAGCACUUCUCGGCAGGUGCAUCCGAAGGCAUGGCGUUCCAGAGUCGCUGCGAUGCUCUGCGGCAAUGUUUUCUGUGCACUCGUCUGCACCACGUCCACGACAAGGAGAAGACGUGAAUUUGCAAGAAGACGCCGACCUCUCGGGCAACUCUUUAUCGUUCUCGCCGGAAGGACUGAAAGCUUUCCGAGAUGUGGUCACCUCGCGCACGACCGCUUUUAGCUUCAGCGAUAAGGAGGUCGACCCCGCCGCCAUACGCGAGAUCAUGGCACUUACGCAGAGCGCCCCCUCGUCGUUCAACAUCCAACCCUGGAGCGUGGUAGUGGUAAGGGAUACCGCCGCAAGAGAGCGGCUGUCGACGGCGAUGCUAGGCGGCAACGCGAAGAAAGUCCUGGCGGCUCCUGUCACGGCCGUCUUCUGCGCCGACUUGGAACCGUCGAAGCGCAUCAACCGGAUGGUGGAGCUGAACCGAAAGGCGGGCAUGCCCGAGGCCGAGAUCACCAAGGUUUGCUUGGCGGUUAACCUGUUCAGCGGGGAGGGAAUGGUGGGCAACGCCGUGCGGAACGCGGUCACCACUAUCGCCUCUCCUAUGCAGCCAGCGCCGGAGGUCGCAUCGGCGGAGGCGUGGUCGUUUAAGAACACCGCCCUUGCCGUCCAGACGUACAUCCUUUCCUGCACGGCGCACGGGCUGGAUACGGCACCCAUGGAAGGCUUCGACGCCAGAAGAGUGAGGGCAGCGCUUGACAUCCCCGACCGAUACAGCAUUCCCAUCAUAGUCCCCACGGGUUAUCCCGCACCGUCAAAGCCGGAAGGGCAGGGUGACGGUGAUGGUGUGGCGAGGCGGUGGCGAUAUCCGCCGCAAGAGGUGGUGUUUGACGGAACCUUUGGCGUGGGCAUGACAGGGGUGGACCCGGUUGUGCCAUAGAAGCUACGGUACUGUAGUGCUUGGCAAGAAGUACAUACCAGGAAGCUUUUUUAUCUAUAUUCCAUGAUGCUGUGUCUCGAGUGCACCAAGUUCCAGAGGCCAACUCCACAUCUCAUCCAUUGGGGAGGUGGUCUUUCGUGGCAUGCACAAGAAGCUGGCUUUCGAGUUGGAGAGCUCAAGAGCGCGAGAGAGAAAAAUGAAAGGUGGCGCGGGGGUUCCUAAUUGGCAAAUAGUCUAACCCUCGCGGCGAAAUAGAAUACCGAGGACACCGCAUUCCAUGGUAUCCGUGGAUGACGGGUGGUGUCACCCAAGGUCGUUCGUGUUGUACGGCAUCUUACAGUAGUCCCAGAAGGUUUUUUGACGUACAUGUGGAGAGAGUACCUGUACCCACUCUGGGGUGGAAUCGUGGGUGCCGCGGAUUCCGACGGAAGCGGUGCAGUACAGCAGAAAGGGAGGGCUUUGGCCGUUUUUGCAGCGUCUACCUGGACUUGAGAUGGGUAGGCAGCCCUCGGUGUGCGAGAAAGCUGGACAAUCUACAGCAGUCUGCGUUGAACGAACGAUUGCAGGCUAUACAACUCGCUCGUUCACGAGAUGGUUUCUCAGAUCUCGCGCUCACUUUUCCGCCACGGUUGUCGGCGCAUUUGUAUCGAUUGAUUCCUCAAUCAUCAACACGCCGAACACAACCAUCUCAACGAUGCGACUCGCGUAGUAAAAAAGUGGAAUCGACGCGGGAAUACACGCAGCGGAAUAUUGCUGUCAAAAAAGCGCUGCUUGCCGCAGGUUGUUGUAUCAAGACUGUAAAUCAUCAUCUGCCCUGGAGGUUUGCCCCACCAAGAGCCUGGAUGGACUCACUCCUGGUAUUGGCCAGCCGGGCUUACAACCGCCGGUUUGUGGAGAACGCGUACGUGGUGGGGGGCGUAGGCAUGAGACAAUACGGACGAUGUGGAUUGUGGAUGUGGAUGGCAUGCAAAUAGGCGGGGGGUGACGUCGGGAAAUAUAUACCGGUGUAUUUUUUGUCCCAUGAAUAGUCUAGUCUAGACUACUAAUAGAUAACCCUAGCCUGCAACACCCGACGGAGGGAAAUCACAGCAAGACAAGCUUGUCGUC